UUGUUUUUGCAGUCGGGUUAUUCUCCUCUCCACCAGGCGGCGAAAGAAGGACAUUUAGAAAUAGUGAAUUUUUUAUUGAAAAACGGAAGUCACGUGAAUAUUCAGGAAGAGCAUGGAAACACUGCUCUGCAUGAAGCCUCUUGGAAAGGAUACAGUCAGACAGUUGAAGCACUUUGUAAACACAAGGCUAAUAUAUACAUUAAAAACAAGGGAGGGUUCACUGCUCUGCAUCUGGCUUGUCAGAAUGGCCACAACCAAACGUGCAGAGUGUUACUGAUGGCUGGCUGUAACCCAGAUGUAAAAAACAACUACGGGGAUACCCCCCUCCAUACAGCAGCCCGGAGUGGACAUGCUGGCGUCUUCAGAAUUCUAAUUAGUGCUUUUUGUAACGUCAAUCAAGUCAAUAAGAAUGGAGACACUGCUUUACACAUAGCCACGGCAAUGGGUAAGAGAAAGUUAACGAAGAUCUUGCUGGAAGCCGGUUGUGACCAGUCUAUUCAGAACAAGCAAGGGGAGAUUGCUUUAGACAUUGCCAACAGGAAGGAGUUUUCAGAGGUUGCAGGAUUUCUCUCCAAUCCACCGCCACAAAACGGGAAGAAAAGAGAUAAGAAAUCUAUCAAAAGGCGUUGUAAAGGAAGUGGAACCUCUCAAGGCAGCAAAGAUAGCAGUUGUAGGCUUAAGAAGGAAACGAAAAAAAGCAAGCGAGGUCAUAAUGUUCAUUUCCAUGACGAGAAGGGUCAGAGUUCAAAUGGCUUCCGGUGUCCGUACGGAUUUCAUAAAUUUUCUAGUCUCUCGAGCUUCCCUAAUCUGAAACUGGAAUCACUUCCAUCAGAAGAGCAGUAUUUUGUUGAUUUGUCUGGAAAUAUUAACAAGGGUCCUGUCGGAGUUGGUUAUAAAUGUUACUGUGCUCCAUUCUUUCACCAUGUUGAAAAAAAGAUGGAAUCUGACAAGCGGGAGCUUAUCGACCACAUCGAAACCGCACACGAUGAUUUAAACACUAAGAUAAUUCACUUGGAGCGGAGUACCCGUAGUCACCUAUUUAAAUUCAGUCAGUCAAUUAAGGAAAAAGUUGCCAGUGAGAGAAUGGAAUGCAUGGAAAGGAUGGAGAGGCGGACAUUCCAAGAAAGGCUAGAACAUAAUAAACAACAGUGGGGGCAGUUAAGUAACAUAAAAGCAGAGCUUCAAAGUUGGGUAGAGUCAAAAAGGAAUGAAUCUAAACACAAAUCAGACCAAAGUUCGGUAACAAACACGCGCAUCAGGCAGCCCAUCAUGCAACGUUGGUCACAUUCAGUAAUAAAAAAGAAUAACUUGACAAAUGUUACAGGCUUGAUGCGGUCAAAGUCAGAAGAGUUACUAGCAGAGGCAGAUGAAAAGACAGCUUUGAAUUUGGUUGCGGGAGCUUGUUCUCCAGAAUCGCACAGGACUACAUUUCACAAGACGUGCUCUUCACAUUACCCUGUUCCUGUGAAGGAUAGAGGAAGAGACGUCUUUAACCAUCUUCCAAUGAGGACGAAAGCCAAAAGUUACCAAGCGACUGGUGUAGUUCAAAGACUUCAAACAGACUUUGAAAAACUUGGUGCUGGACCUAAAAGUGAUUCCAUUCCUCAGCACAUACAACAACGAGAACUUGUCGUGUUUCAGAAUGAACGUAAUGAUCCUAGAGAUGCCGGUCAGAUAAACGCUUUAAAUAAAAAAGGAAACAGUGAUCAGUUGGCUUAUCUUGAAAGUUCUUAUGGGUAUACUUGUCGCCACUCGCCCGUUAGUAACUUAGUGCGUCGACCCAAGGAGCCAACAAGUAUAGGUGGAUCCUCGGGUGCACUUUGUUACAGACAGUCCGGUGCUACACAUCCUCCCAGUUCCAAUUAUCAUCACCUCACUCCCACAUCACAAGUAGAAUAUAACAAACAACCUGCUAUUCAACGUGUAGACUUUCAUCAUUUUCAAACUGUGAAUAAUUAUGACAUGAAUAGGCCGUACAAAUGCAAGUACAUCCCUGAACAUUAUGCUCGUUACGCCUCUAGUGUCAGACCUGUUAAUUGUGCUAAUCGUGGAGCUGAAAUGAAAAACCAGAUCAUGGGAGAGUGUUUAAAUAGUUCUAGUCUAGUAUAAUCAAUAUUGUAACUUUGCUGAUCUUAUAUAUAUAAAUAUAUACAAUAAUUUUUUUGUUUA